AGGGACCGCCCUCUAGCUCAAGUUGCAAGUGGUGAAUGGUCACCCAUCGUUCGGCGACGGUUUUGCUCCUGGAUCUGGAUGAGAGCGUCAUUUCAAUGAUUCUGCACUGUGGCCAGUGUCUGUUGUGUUAACUUCAUGGGAUAGACAAUGCUGCGUCUUGGCAGUAGAAUCUUCAGCUGCUGCUAGUCUGGUUGAUCGAAAAAUGUAGUCAUUCAGUGACAUUGCUUACAUGCUGUGUUUAGUUUAUUGUUCUGGUCCUAGACGCAGACCAGCAAUUCUGUGAGAAGAUGUUGAGUCGAAUAAUGAGUGGCAGCAUCAGGAAUCUGGAUAGAGAAUAUGACUGCACCGUAAGACUCCUGGAUGAUACGGAAUACACAUGCACAAUUCAGCGGGAUGCUAAAGGACAGUAUCUGUUCGACAUCAUCUGCCACCACCUGAAUCUGCUGGAGAAGGACUACUUCGGCAUCAGAUAUGUGGACCCAGACAAGCAGCGGCAUUGGUUGGAGGUCACAAAGUGUAUUGCCAAGCAGAUGAAAUCCCAGCCUCCAUUCACCAUGUGUCUCAGAGUCAAGUUUUACCCCCCUGACCCCGCUGCUCUCAAAGAGGAAAUCACCAGAUAUUUAGUCUUCCUGCAGAUCAAGAGAGAUCUGUAUCACGGACGCCUCCUGUGUAAGACGACAGAUGCUGCCAUGAUGGCUGCCUUCAUCCUGCAAGCUGAGAUUGGGGACUAUGACCCUGGGAAGCAUCCUGAAGGAUACAGUUCUAAAUUCCAGUUCUUCCCAAAACAUUCAGAGAAGCUGGAGCGACGGAUCUCAGACAUACACAAGACAGAACUGAUUGGCCAGACACCUGAAACAUCAGAGCUGAAUUUUCUUCAGAAAGCCCAGAUGCUGGAGACAUAUGGUGUGGAUCCUCAUCCAUGCAAGGAUGUGUCUGGAAAUCCAGCCUUUCUUGCCUUCACCCCAUUUGGAUUUGUCGUGCUUCAGGGAAACAAGAGGGUUCAUUUUCUCAAGUGGAACGAGGUGACCAAACUGAAGUUCGAGGGAAAGAUAUUCCAUAUAUAUGCAAAUCAGAAGGAGGACAAAAAGAUCAUCUUGACAUACUUUGCACCAACACCUGAGGCCUGCAAGCACCUGUGGAAAUGUGGAGUGGAGAACCAAGCCUUCUACAAGCUGGAGAAGUCGAGUCAGGUGCGGACAGUGUCCAGCAGCAACCUGUUCUUCAAGGGGAGUCGUUUCCGCUACAGUGGACGAGUGGCGAAAGAAGUGAUGGAGCAGAGUGCCAAAAUCAAACGAGAGCCUCCAGAAAUACACAGGGCUGGCCUGGUUCCCAGUAGAAGCUGUCCGUCCAUCACUCAUGGGCCGCGCCUCACCAGUGUUCCACGCACCCGCCGGAGAGCCGUCCACAUUUCCAUCAUGGAGGGUCUGGAGUCCUUGCGUGACAGUGCCCACUCUACACCUGUGCGCUCUGUGUCCCAUGGGGACUCCUUCAUGCCGCGCUCCCGCAGCCUGGCCACGGACGCCAGCGAGGGCUCGGCGGUGAUCUCUGACGAGGCCUACAGCCCCUCUGACAGCGUGCUGCCCACCCCUGUGGCAGAGCACAGCCUGGAGUUGGCCGUGGCACGCCAGGUCAACGGAGCCCCCUGCAGCAUCAAGGAGGAGAAGGAGUCGGAGGCAGGCACCCCCUCGGUGGGGGAUGCAGGCGACUUGUCAGACAGUAGAGCGACGGUUGAGGGUGCAGAGGGAGCCUCACCGCUCAGCGAAGUGGAACAGGUGAAUACGUUUGUUUUAAGUGUCCUCCGUUUGCUUCUUGUGACCAUUGGACUCCUCUUUGUCUUGCUCUUCCUCCUCAUCGUCCUCACUGAAUCCGACCUUGACGUUGCAUUUUUACGUGAUAUCCGCCAGACCCCCGAAUUUGAGCAGUUCCAUUACGAAUACUUUUGUCCCCUCAGGCGGUGGUUUGCCUGCAAGCUCCGCUGGGCGGGCAGUUUGCUCAUUAACAAAUGAGAGAGAGCAUGAGGCCGUAGAGUGCGUAAGCCCAUUCGGGGUUAGAGAAGACGAUUAAAGCUCCGGAGAGAUGGAGGGCAGCCCCGUCCCAACCAUGAACCCAGCUUCUCUCAUGAUACUCCCGCUGACAUACAUGUCGGACCACUCCUGGAAUCAAUGUGCCAGGAGUUUCUCUUUCUCCAUCCAUUUUGAGUUACUCCCCCUUUUUUCCACUUUACCGUUCGUUUGUUUUUUACAGACCCUGAAGACAUUUUUUUGUUGAAUUUCAGGUCAUUUCAGGUAUUUUAUUUUUUCAAAAAAUAUAAACGAAAAAAUAAGAAACUGAAAUUAAAGAACUGAAGUAUUUUUUAACAGGAGCGAGACAUUUUGUUGCAACGAAUGAAAGUUGCCUACAUUUACUAUGUGUUGUUUGGAAAAUAAAUUGCAUUUGCAUAGGGUAAGAAUGUGAUGCAAGGAUAUCAGGGAAGCCACCAAGUCAUCGAAAUGGUUCAGAAUGAAGUGAGAUAAAUACAGCUUUGAAAAAUGUUCAGUGAAGUAGACAGUCAUGCCUUUUAAGAUGAAGUAACAUCCAUCCCAAGCCAUACAUCUAUAAUGGUUUUCAUUGAUCAGAACACCUUAAAUGAGGGAAGCUAGAGCGAUGUGCAUUGAGUCUGUCAAAGUGCAAGUGAUUGAAAUUGAGUAAGUCGGGAUGAUUACCAAAUGCCUUUUAUGAAGAAAAAAGUAGAUGAUAUGAAGAAGGUUUUGAAUUUGUCGGAUUGUUUUAAAGUUAUACUUUAGUGGAAAUACAAUAGGUGUAUAAAGUAGAAGCUGUGAAGUUGAAAUCUGUUUAAAGUUUUUAUAAACGAUACAGUUAAAUAAACCAGUGACCAUGAUGUUUUGUGACCCCAUAUUGUCAGUAUCUGUUAGAAGGGUUGAUGAUCAACUUCUUGGAAACACUCACUAGCACCAAUAGGACCAGUCUAGGUAGAUAUGCAAUACUCUUUAGGUUAAAUACUUCAGUACUUUUGAAUGUGUGCAUUUGUUUUGUCAUAUUUCUUAAUUUUGUUUUAUGUACAUUUCUUGAUUAUGUUAAGAUCUGAUGAAAUUGAAGAUCUGUUGAAAUGUAUGAUUUCUUUCAGUUCCUUAUCAACCUAGCUCUUAAGUUUGCGUAUAUUAUACUAUAAUUAAUUGUUAGUAUAAGAAUAACAAUGAUGUACUUUUUGUACAAAGUAGUUUGUUUCCUAUUAUAUUGACAGUUUUUCCAUGUAUAUUUUUAACAGAACUGAAAUGAUAUUUUGUUAUUGAAGAUGAAAUUAUACUUUUUUUUAGCUCUGUUUCAAGUGAGGUCUGGCAAAAACUGGGCUUUUAUCCAGAUCCACUCCGUAUAGAUCACACCUCUCUCACUCCACCAGCAUGCACACUUUUUAGUUGUCAAGACAACUAUUUCAAAUGCCCACUGUAGGCCAGGAAGGCACAACAGAUGGUGGAGGAACAAUACAUAUUGUCAAAAGUAGACUGGACUACAAUACCAACAGAAAACAUAGUACUCCAAAGAUAUGUUUUCAUGCCUGUAAACAUCACAAUAAAUGCAGAUUGGUCAGUCGUUUUCCAGUUUGAGUGACUGUGCAGACUAUUCUGUCUCAUAGCUCAAGGGAGCAGUAAUUCUGCUGUCAUGGCUGAUAUUGGGUCAAAUCUGUUUUCGUGGGGUUUCGUCUCUACCUCCUCUACUGUACCUGGUCCAGGUGUGAGUGUGUGUUGUGUGUCUGUAUGUAGGAAUGUAACACACUUCAAGCUGAUAAUGUGAAGUGUUGACAGAUAAAAAUAUGGUCUUAUUUUUUAAAAGUGAGAGAAAAAGAGAGAGAUAACGAUAAAGAGAGAUUGAAAGAAAGAGAUUGAAUGAGGUAGAGGUUCAAGGGACGUCAAAAUAAAUGAGCACUGAUGAGUCGACCAGCCUCACAUGCAAGAGGCCGGUACGAGUAUAAUCAAAGGGGAAUGCAUAUUGACCAUUUGGUGCUCGUGACUAUUGGCUGCAGCCAUUCUUGUUAUGGCCUGUUAUUUAACACCAUGACCUCCACACAGCUGCUCCAUGCUCUGAUCCCCCAGCGGUGCUGUUGCCUGCUCUGCCCUGGGGAGCCCAGCCUGUUCCCAUGUAACCAGAGCACUGCAUCCCCUGGCCCUGAGUGUAGUCUGUCCCUAAACAGCACCCUGCUAGUUGAUGUAGACCCAGCAAGGAAGACACUGCAGCAUAUACCAGUCAGUGCUACAGCUGGGUGUCUACUGUGGUCCUAGACAUUUCAGUUCUUAACCCUCCAUCAACAGUGUGGAGCCCAGACAUCUGCGGUGUGAAAUACCCGUGUUUAUGGCAGAGGUGUGCUAAAAGCAGCCCUUAGUAGAAAAUCUGGUGCAGUAACAGUUACGUAGAAUAGAAAGGCAGAAAUUCCUGAGUCAAAUAUGCAUGCUCCUUAUGCUAGUGUAUUAUGCAUGCACUUCCAAUGAACAGCACACAAAGAUAGAGGAUGACUUGAAAGGUUGAAUUUGUCUGUACCUGGAUGGGGAGUGUUGAUCCAGUAUGCAAGAUAACGGUACUUAUUUGUUAUUUUAUACAUUCAUAUUUCCUAUUUAUAACUUGCCUAAUGCUAAAUACUGUAAAGGUCAACAAGACAGUUCCAGAUAGUCUGUUAGUGUUACUUCUUAAAGGUCAGGGAACUGGAAGAGCAAAAAAGUCAAUUGAUGGUCUAUGUUCGUACACAUUAUCAACAUUAUGCAGCUUCAAUGUUCUUUCCAAGCAUUCAACAAUUAAGGCAGCAUCAUUCAAUAAGCAAUAAUCAGUCAAAUUGUAAGAGCAAAUGGACAUAGAAAUGUAAACAGAAGUCUUACACUGGACAUUGUGCUGUUUUUUGCAGUGUCAAAAAUCAGUUGACUGUCAUUGUAUACUACAUGUUCAAAAGUAUGUGGACAUCCCUUCAAAUUAGUGGAUAUGGCUAUUUCAGCCACACCCGUUGCUGACAGGUGUGUAACAUUGAGCACACAGCCUUGCAAUUUAUUGGGAAGUGGAAACGUUUAGGAGCAACAACGGCUCAGCCGCGAAGUGGAAGGCAAGCUCACAGAACAGGACAGCCGAGUGCUGAAGCGCAUAGCGCUUAAAAAUCGUUUGUCCUCGGUUACAACACUUACUACUGAGUUCGGCACCAUUGGACUCUGGAGCAGUGGAAAUGCAUUCUCUGGAGUGAUGAAUCACACUUCACCAUCUGGCAGUCCGACAGACUAAUCUGGGUUUAGCAGAUGCCAGGAGUACGCUACCUGCCCCAAUGCAUAAUGCCAACUGUAAAGUUUGGUGGAGGAAUAUAAUGGUCUGGGGCUGUUUUUCAUGGUUCGGGGUAGGCCCCUUAGUUCCAGUGAAGGGACAUCUUAAUGCUACAGCAUACAAUGAUGUUCUAGACGAUUCUGUGCUUACAACUUUGUGGCAACAGAUUGGGGAAGGUCCUUUCCUGUUUCAGCAUGACAAUGCCCCCGUGCACAAAGCGAGGUCCAUACAGAAACGGUUAGUCGAGAUCUGUGUGUAACAACUUGACUGGCCUGUACAGAGCCCUAACCUCAACCCCAUCAAACACCUUUGGGAUGAAUUGGAACAGCGACUGCGAGCCAGUCCUAAUCGCCCAACAUCAGUGCCCGACCUCACUAAUGCUCUUGUGGCUGAAUGGAAGCAAGUCCCUGCAGCAAUGUUCCAACAUCUAGUGGAAAGCCUUCCCAGAAGAGUGGAGGCUGUUAUAGCAGCAAAGAGGGGACCAACUCCAUAUUAAUCCUCAUGAUUUUGGAAUGAGAUGUUCACAUACUUUUGCCAUGUAGUGGAUUUACAUUACCAACAAAUUAGAGCUCAUGGUACGCACCUUUUCCUUUUUCAUAAAAAACAGUAAUAAUGUAAAAUGAAGACAAUUAUCAUUAUUCUUAGUAUGUACCAUAUUUUAUAGAUGUUUUUUUCCUUCCAUUGUUAAAGCUCUUAUUGGGAUGUUGGUCUUCAGCAUUUUGUUCAACAGUACUUCAUUGUGACCGAAGGGUCUUUCCCCGUGCCUGGAAUCUUUCGUCCCUAACAACUCUGCAUUUUUAACAAAGGGGCAAAUGAGUGAAUGGACAGAGACAGAUGCAGAGUACCCUCCUCAUAAUGUAUGGACUACCCUUUAAUCUCACAGGCUUAAAUGGAAAACACUGUUUGCUAUGUAGCUGUUAAUGUAGGGUGGUGGUUACUGAUCCCAUGUGAUGUUGUAUGGACGGCACUUACGGCAGAGUGAGUCAUUUGUGUAUCGGAGGGAAAGUUAUGUAGUUCUGUAUCCGUCUGAAUCUAUCUGUACAGGCACGUUGCCUCUGAAAAACCUUGAAUCUCUACAGUACAUUUGGUCUAGCGAUGUCAUGUUUACAUUAGUUUAUUUGAUCUCUCCUGGGAACUGGCUGUAGUACUUGUUUGUCUGGUAGAUGUUUCAGACUCUUGUUUGUAGUGUGUUGGGGAUUUCUGUUAUCUUUGGACAACUGCCCUGGUUUACAUAUAGUAUGUUGGCAAUUAUGGAAACCGCAGGCUAAUAAAUAACUCUGAUUGGCCAUUACUCUGAUUAAAGGAGGUACAAGAUAUUCUACAUAUGAUGGUUUGCAAAUGACAUGAAGAUUAAAUAGUCAAGUGAAAAGUACAGCUUGAAAAAUAACAUGCCAGCAGAUGAGCUAGUUUGACUGUAAAAGGUAAAUGGCAUUGAGCUGUCUUUUCCUGAAGGUCCCCUUUACUCCCACAGUAAUACUACUUAACAAGUAUAGGGCAGACAGAGCUACAGCUAUAGAGCUGAGGGAGUUAAUAGAACCCGUCAUUAUUAUGUCACCUUGUUGUAAUAUGCUUCCGCCCCUUCGCCAGCUCCCAAGCAAACACUCACACAGCUGUGCAUAUACGUGUAUAUGCAUAAGUGUCUGUAGAUGUGUCUUAUCUAUCUUUCUCUCUCCAAUGAAGGUUGCUGUUUAUUUACGUAAUAUGAAUAUACAAAUGUGCCAAAUCCAGUUCAGAUCCAUUCUGAAUUCCAUGUAUAAAAAACCUUCUGUACAACACAGUAUACAAUAUUGUUUCUCUCUGAUAGUCCCUUGUAACUGGUGCCAUUAAACUAUUCAAAUUUGAAAUAAACAUUGAAUAAACAUUUAAAAA